AUGACAGGAUCUGGGGAAGUUAUAGACUUAGACCCUCCCGCGGAGACUUCACCAGAGCAAGAAGACCUUCUGAUAGUGAAGGUGGAAGAAGAAGAUUGCACCUGGAUGAGGGAGUACAAUCCGCCCGUGUUUGAGACUUUCUACCAGCGCUUCAAGCACUUCCAGUACCAUGAAGCGUCAGGCCCCCGGGAGGCCCUUAGCCAGCUCCGGGUGCUCUGCUGUGAGUGGCUGCGGCCCGAGCUGCACACCAAGGAGCAGAUCCUGGAGCUGCUGGUGCUGGAGCAGUUCCUGACCAUCCUGCCUGAAGAGUUCCAGACCUGGGUGAGAGAACAUCACCCGGAAAACGGAGAAGAGGCUGUGGCCGUGGUAGAAAAUAUAGAAAGAGAACUAGAGGAACGCAGACAACAGGUUGUGGCGUGUGCUGAAGUGCUUCCUCCGAAGGUUGUGCCGCCUGGAGCCGGGCCCGAGUCCUUCAGUCACCAGCUCCUGCCCGUGGACCCACAGCCUGAACACGAGCCGCAGAGGCCUCAUCUUCGGGAGGAAAAUGGUGAGGAUCUGGGCUUCAGUGGAACGGAUGUGGGUUCCCUGGCCGUGUGGCAAGAUGGGAUGGUCCAGAAUCUUGUUGCAAAAUAUUACGUGAUGAAGUCCUUCCUGUUGAAUGAUCGGAUAAGGUGUCAUAGCUCCUUUUUGGAAUUAGAAAUGUAG